AUGAGUGAAUAUCGACUUCAGCGCGCAAGAUCUGUUGCCAUUGUAAAUGCUAACAAUUCGGCGGCGGUAGGCUCUAAAGGAGUGAUAAAAGUAUUGUUCUAGUUGACUCGGGCCUACUCGGUGGAUAAUCUGAACGAAGUCUACCAUGCAAGUCCUCGCUAUCUUCCUCAAUACCCCACCUAUGCCACUUACAGAAGAAAAUACACACCGUAUGCCAAAGAUCACACUCUGGUAAGUGUAAAUUGCGUUUAACCUCACAUCUCAGUUCACCGAUUACUGGUAUGACAAGCAUCGUUACUUCUCUCCCAUCCACGAAUUCACUACUUCCAUCCCUCGGCGAUACUAUAACAGUGACAAUAUCUCGAAUCCUCUUUACUGGAGUUAUCCUUACCCUUACUGGACGCGAUACAACAGUUAUCUAAACAACUAUCCCUACUUCAAGACUGUCAGUCCCAUCACCGAUUCCUAUUUUGACACCGUCUAUCGUCGCGCCUAUUAUUCGCCUUACCGAACUUUUGUGCAUGACAAUGUUCUUUCAAGACCUUAA